CCUGUGCCUGGUGCAGGAUUAAGCCCGAAGUCACAGCAGUGCAGGGGUCUGCCAGGAUGCACAGCAAGAGCUGAUCUGUGGAGGCUUUACAUAAUGUUAGGAAGUGCGGCCGCUUUUCUUUUAUUUUGGAGGGAGUCCCUUUUUUGCAGAAGGUGGACGGACACGCUCCGGGGAGGCAGCUGCCGGGCAGGAGAGCCGCCCAGCGAGCCCUGAGCCCUGCGCCCUGAGCCCUGCCUUCAGCAACACGCUGCCCGCAGAGUGAUGGUCUUAAAAUGAAAAGGUGCUGUGAGGGCGUUGGGCUGCCAUGCCUGUUUAAGGGUGUUGGUAUGGCCAGCCCCCGGCCUCCUAAAUACCUCCUCGUCUUUGAUUUUGAUGAGACCAUCAUCAAUGAGAACAGCGAUGACUCCAUCGUCCGGGCGGCACCAGGGCAGGCGCUUCCAGAGCACAUCCGACAGACCUUCCGCGAGGGCUUCUACAACGAGUACAUGCAGCGCGUCCUGGCAUACAUGGGGGACCAGGGGGUCAAGAUGGGGGACUUCAAGACUGUCUAUGAGAACAUCCCCCUGUCCCCCGGCAUGCCGGACCUCUUCCAGUUCCUCUCCAAGAACCACGAGCUCUUUGAAAUCAUCCUCAUCUCUGAUGCCAACAUGUUUGGCAUCGAAUGCAAUCUGAGGGCAGCCGGUUUCUACUCCCUCUUCCGCAAGAUCUUCAGCAAUCCAUCCAGCUUUGACAAGAGGGGAUACCUCACCUUGGGCCCCUACCACAGCCACAAGUGCCUUGACUGCCCGGCCAACAUGUGCAAACGCAAAAUCCUGACAGAGUACCUGGCAGAGAGAGCCCAGGAGGAGGUGGAGUUCGAGAGGGUCUUGUACGUGGGGGAUGGUGCCAAUGACUUCUGCCCUUCCGUGACUCUGACUUCAGCUGAUGUGGCUUUCCCGCGCAAGGGCUACCCCAUGCACCGGAUGACCCAGGAGAUGGAGAAGAAGCAGCCUGGAGCCUUCCAGGCCACUGUCAUCCCCUGGGAGUCAGCUGCAGAGGUCACCCGCUAUCUCCAGGAGGUUCUCAAGAAGAAGUGUUGAGGAUGGCUCAGAAGAGACUUGCAUACUAUAAGCAGUGGGGAAAGGAGAAGCCGGGGGGUACCCCACACUCAUCAGUACUACUCGCUUAGCCCCCGCUCCUGGGCUGCUUUCCUGCCUCUCCUCUCCACGCUCCUUUCUCCCCGGUGAUUAAAGCACUUUGUCUCUGUCCCCCUCCUCCUGCCCCUGCCAUGGUGAGAUGAAGCCUUUCUCUAUGCAGCUUGGACAUCGACUCCAGUGCGGGUGUUUGCCAACACUAAUGGUGACUUUUUGUUUGUUUUUCCCUUUUGACUUGACAAGAGCAAUUCCUGAAAGAGCAGAAGCCGGCUCCCUGCGGGCCGGCCCUGCCUUCCUCCUGCCUUCAUCCUCCUCGACUGCCCGACCACUGCCGGCCAUGCCGGGGGAUGUGUGCUGUUGCCUUGAACCUGAUGCUCAAAGCGCUCCUUGCCUCUUCGUGAGGUCGCUGGAGGUUUAACCCAGGAUAUUUGUGCUGCCUGGGCUUCCUGGCUCGCCCUCUGCAUCCCACCGGGGCAGGGCAGCUCCCAGCCCAGUUGCUGAGCCCUGUGAUAAGAGUUAAUUGUCCCUUGAGACUUUAUUCUCUGAAAAAACACGACAUGAGGAAUAGUAAACCUUUUGGAAAGGGGUACAUUGGGAAAAAACCUCCUCUGUCCCAUCCCCACCUACUUGCCCAGGGCACAGGCACACUGACUGCAUCCUUCGUGGGGAGGACGAGCUGCCCUUGCCUUCCAUCCUCUGCAUCUGCUUCCAGGGUAGAACAUCCCCAUGUCCCCAGGGCAGACAGGUUCCUCCUCACCCUGAGCUAGUACCGCUCUCAUCUGCUUGUCUUUGCUGGAUUGUAUGGGCUCCUCUCUUACCCCGGGGCGGGGGGGGGCAUUUUCCCUCCUGACCUGGUCUAGAGGUGCUGAACCUCCCCCCGGGAGGUGUGGUGCUGCAGCCCUUCUCCUGGCAUCAGGUCCCCAGUGGACAAACUCCCCCGUGUCCCCCUGCCCCACUGCAGUAUUAAUUGCCCCUUCUAAUUGCACUCUGCAGGGGGGACCUACAGUAUUCGCUGCUCUCUGGUGUUGGCUUCCCCUGGAUUUAUCCACAGCCUUACCAGCUCCCGAGGGUGGCUUGUAACUCCUCCAAAGCAUAGAAACCCUGACAGCAAACCUGAGCAGUAAGGAAAUAACCAAAGCAGCCCUGAGGUGUUCCUCCUCUAUUUCAUUUCCCGUCGCUUUGUUCUUCCUCCUUCGGACCCUGUUCAACUGUGUGGAACUUAAAGCCAUGGAAUUAAAAAUAUACAUAUAUAUAUAUAGAUAUAUAUAUAUAUUGCAGAUACACAAGAUGUAUCCAGGACAUAAACCUGGACAUGAAACAGC